CACACUUCCGGUUUGUUUUUUUGUGUUCGCUCGCACACGUGGUGUUCCAGUCGCUCGCUGCGCAUCGCGCUAUAAACUUAGUUCCCGGUCGGAAAUCCUCGAGAUACUCGUUAUACCCGGUGUGUGGUCACUUCAUCAUGUUCCUGCAGUAUUAUCUGAACGAGAACGGAGACAGGGUUUAUACUCUGAAGAAGCUGGACCCGAGCGGUCAGCCCACCAGCUCGGCUCAUCCGGCCCGCUUCUCACCGGACGACAAGUUCUCCAGACACCGCGUGACCAUCAAGAGACGCUUCGGCCUGCUGCUGACCCAACAGCCACGGCCCGUGCUCUGACGGACCACCAGCGGACUUCACAUUAGUUUACUCAGUCUAGUUUACUCCCAUUACAGACAUGUGACUGCAUCUCAAUGUGGAGUGAAAUAAAACCAGUCAUUCGACUGUUUGUGUUUCAGAUUUAUUUGGAAAUUAAAAAGAAUUGCGUGGUUUUGUUUUGCUUUUUUUUCCUCACAGUUCAGAGAGAAAGGUCAGAAGUAAACUCAGAAUUAUAUAUGUAUAUAAAAGUCAUAAUUCUGAGUUUGUAUUUUGCAAUUCUUUCUUUUUCAGGUUUGAGAAUUUUUAGGAGAUAUGAUGUAAAAAAGUCAGAUUGAGGUUUAUUGUUUUGUGUUGUUGUGCUGGGAACAGUCUUCCAGACAUGCUCUCGAGAAUCUGUCAUCUAUCCCACAAUCCCCUGCUUCUGCUUUAUUUGUCCUCAUGUUUCUUGUCUUUCAUCGUGGGUUGUGUAUGUGUAACACGUCUCUAAACAUGCAGACGUUGUGUUUCUUGGGAACUCAUUAUGAUUCGAAGUGUUCUUGAAUCAUUAAUAAAUGACUAAAAUGCU